AUGUUAUAUUUCCUGCAGUUGCAUUCAAUCCGCUGUACGACACACACGCGGACUGCGCUCGGUAACCAUGGAAUACCAACACGCGCUCGUCGUUAUAACAUUGUUACAACUAUGUCGAGCAGAAAUAUCGGAAAUAUUACCAGGAACAUGGUUCUCUGCAAACACCAUUAACGAUGGUUACUCACCGAAACCAAUAUCAGAACUCUUUUCUACGGAAAUGCCUCCCAGCUUCUCGCCGGAAAAUCCAAUAGUUGUGCUACCGAAUUUAUCAUCUCUGUCGCCGCAACCAGAAGUGACAUAUAUUUCUACAACGCCAGCAACUUUCAACUCGUUUGUGACUAAUACUCCAAUAGCACCUAGCACUUAUUCAAGUACACAAGUUACCUCAACUCCAUCUCCAUUAGAUUUUUCUAAACCGUCAUCGCUAGCUCCACAGUGGCCAACCAGCACUACAGUCUUACAAACUCAAACAAACAGACCUAUCCAAACACUCCAAGAGACUCUAGCGACAUCUCCUCUUCUACCUCAGACCCAACCUACAGGCCCUCCAAGCUUCUCAUUGAUAUACGAAAAUACUCCAUCGCCAGACCCACCUAUUCCAACUGUUGUCACUACUAUCCCUACCUUAUCCACAACUACCACUUCACCAUUGUCUUCGAUUUCUGAGGGUACUCUAACGCCUUAUAUAACAAAUGGAUUAUCAGAUACAACAAGCCGCCCGACUGUUACGUUCCGAUCUACACCACCAAGCACGACUUCACGAACCACAAUAAUCGCUCGUGAUUGUAAUCCAACCACGAGACUCAUAAAUCCUGUGUCUACAACCAUAGCACCUACACGGAUCAUAUCUGGUUCACCAGAUGUACCAUUUAAACCUAAUUUGAGAAUACGAGUAGUUGCACCACAAGGUUCCAUUACCAACGUAAAGAUCAACCCCACGACGACAACAAAACGUCCCACCACAAAGAGGACGAAAAAGCCUAAGAAAAAUACAUAUGAAGGUUGCUUAGAUGGAUGUAAAGGAAAGAGAGAUCCAAUAUGUGCAGUUCCACUAGCGAGCGUUAUAAUAGAUACGAAGACUCUGAAAGGAUUUCCAUCUAUAUGUCAUUUGGCGUGCCAUAACUCAUAUAAAAAAGACGCUUACGAAAAACUCAUUGACGGUCGAUGCGGCCGGCUGCGUACGCGAAUCAUCACAGUCGACAACAACAGCAAGAUACAACGGGAAGAUCUGAAGAAAGCAGAAUAUAGCGUCAUCAACACAGGACCCAAGACUGUGCUUGAAUUUGCGCAUCAGCCAUUAAAUAAGGAUUAAUUCCGAGUAGAUACGAUUUUAGGUGUUAUUUGAAUAUUAGAAUGUAAGACUAACGAAUGAUAAAUGAAAAUUAAAUUCAACAAGUUGAUUUUCUGAUCAAUUGUUUGAUCAUAAAACAUAAUUUUGAGAUAGUGAAAUGGAACUCAAAUUAUUGCCAAUUCAUAUUGAAUUUUAGUUAGUUUGCUAAACUUAAUUGCAUGAAGUGACACGAUACCCAACAAUAAGGUGGUAGGAUCAAGCCCGUCUUUGCAACACACCCGAUGAUCAUCGGGAAAUUCCUGUUGUGCUUAAGACGGGCCUGGGUCAGGAUUAUGCGUCAUUUUGUAACUAAGAUAUUGCCAUGUUUAAUAUACCUACCACCUAGCGCAGAAAAACUAUAAUUGUUUUCUGGAAAAAAAAAAAAUUCUCACUACAUCUCGCAAUCUUCAAAAUAAAAAAAUUACGAGGUUUAGCAUAAUUAUUGUUUUUCCUAAAUACUUACUUAAGCUCAAGUGGUUUGAAAAGUCAUUCGAUCGUCUCAAGUGCUCGUUGCUUUCACUGAUACACCCGUAUCUAUAGGCAGUCGAGUAAAUGUAAUUCCCCAGAGCUCUCUAAUGUUGACUGGAAGAAAACGCCUAAGGUAUUAAGUCCGCCAAUGUACAGUUUUUGUGCAUAAACGAUUAAAUUCAAUUACCUACUUUAGUAAAGGUAAUUGCUAAUGCAAAUAUUUUAACAAAUAUGAAUUUAAAUGAUGUAAGAACUUCUAAUACUAAGAAUAUUAUUAUUAUUAGAUAUUCUCAUUCAAAUGCUGGUAAUGUAGUUAAAAAUAUCUGAUUUAGAUACGCCAUUUACUCAAUUACCUAAUUAGCUCUCUCGACUACAAAGAGUGUAACAAUCCUACCAUAGUCAUACAUCAUUCAAAUGAGGUAUUUGACUAAACUUGAAAAAUAGUUUUAAAUUGUUCUUUAUUCCAUAAUAAGCACAUUUUAUUAAUAUUUCGGGGAAAUUUACUGUAUUUAUCAAUAAAAAUCAAAGUUAAAGUUUAAAUUUCUGAAACCGCGCGAAAAAUGCUGUUUUUGUCAUACAUACGCCGUCAUUACGCUGCGUCA